CAGACAACUCGCUUGCCGUGCGUCUCACUUUCAAGAUGGUCGUGUUUGUCGGUGUGUAUACCUUUGGGUUCGUGGCCGUGGCAGUAUGCGUUAUUCUCUUGACAUAUAUCACUUACCAGCUGCUGAAAAACUACCUGCACAACUGGAAAGAGCUGAAGCCCAUCCCGAGCAUUGGAAACACAUAUCCAUUCAUUGGGAACGCGCUGCAGUUUAAAUCGAACGCGGGAGAUUUCUUUUGUCAGUUGGUUGGCUACACAAAUGAAUUCCGGAAUUCUCCUCUGCUUAAAUUAUGGAUUGGACCUGUCCCAUUUCUCAUCUUAUACCAUGCUGAGACUAUCGAGACAGUGCUGAACAACCCUGUUCACAUGGACAAGGCCUACGCAUACAAAUUUCUACACCCCUGGCUGGGAACAGGACUACUCACCAGUACUGGGGAUAAGUGGAGACGCAGACGUAAGAUGCUAACUCCAACAUUUCAUUUCUCUAUACUAACUGAGUUCCUUGAGGUGAUGAAUGAGCAGGCGGAGGUGCUCAUAGAGAAACUAGAGAAGCAAGCUGGAAAAGGGCCUUUCAACUGCUUUAAUCACAUCACUCUCUGCGCCCUUGACAUCAUCUGUGAGACUGCUAUGGGGAAGAAGAUCUAUGCACAGAGCAACUAUGACUCUGAGUAUGUGCGCAGUGUGUACAGAAUGAGUGACAUCAUCACUAGGCGCCAGAGGAUGCCCUGGUACUGGCCUGAUUUUGUGUAUAACUAUUUUGGCGAAGGCAGAGAACACAACCGUAGUCUGAAGGUUCUUCACUCCUUCACAGAGAGUGUGAUUUAUGAAAGGGCAGAGUACAUCACCUACAUUGAGUCCGACAGCGAAUCAGAUCAGGGGAUGAAGAAAAGACGGGCUUUUUUGGACAUGCUGUUGAAAACAACCGAUGAGGAUGGGAAAAAGUUAACUCACAAAGAUAUCCAGGAGGAAGUGGACACCUUUAUGUUUGAGGGUCAUGACACUACAGCGGCUGCCGUGAACUGGGCCAUACACUUGUUAGGUUCCCAUCCUGAAAUCCAAAGAAAGGCCCAACAAGAACUAUUUGAGGUUUUUGGCGAGUCUGAGAGGCCUGUUAACACAGAGGAUCUGAAGAAACUGCGUUAUCUGGAGUGUGUGAUAAAGGAGUCUCUGCGUCUCUUCCCCUCUGUUCCAUUUUUUGCCCGAACCAUCUGCGAGGAUACACAGAUAAAUGGCUAUAAAGUCCCUAAAGGAGCAAAUGCCAUCGUCAUAACUUAUGCCCUUCACCGUGACCCACGCUUCUUCCCUGACCCUGAAGAGUUCCGUCCUGAGCGCUUUCUGCCAGAGAAUUGUGUCGGUCGACAUCCUUAUUCCUUCAUUCCUUUCUCUGCCGGUCUUCGCAACUGCAUCGGUCAGCGGUUUGCUAUAAUGGAGGAGAAGGUUAUUCUGGCUUAUAUUCUGCGCUACUUUAACAUAGUGGCAUGUCAGAAGAGGGAGGAACUCCGGCCACUGGGUGAACUGGUGCUGCGACCAGAGCAAGGCAUCUGGAUCACAUUGGAGCGCAGAAAACACUAAAACACACAUAGCUAACAGUGUCAUGAGAGUCCGUAUGAAAUGGUAAAAAUG